AUUAUCUUCAAUUUAUUUUUUCUCUUUAUUGGCUCAUUUUCAAAGUCCAGGUGAAUAAUGGGUGUCAUCACUUGUGAAAAAGAGAUAGCUUUAUCAAUCCCUCCAGCCAAAAUAUUCAAGGCUUUUGUCCUUGAUGGUAACCAUCUCAUUCCUAAGGCUGUGCCAGGGGUUAUUGAGAGUUUAGCCCUUCUUGAAGGAGAUGGAGGGCCUGGAUCCAUCAAGCAAGUUAAUUUUGGUGAAGGUACUGGAUACAAGUAUGUGAAGGAGAGGAUUGAUGUGAUAGACAAGGAGAACUGCAUUUAUGAAUACACUAUGAUAGAAGGUGAUGUCUUGGGGAGUGAAUUUGAGAAAGUGUCCAAUGUGGUUAAAUUUGAGGCCUCGCCUGAUGGAGGAUCCAUCUGCAAGGGCAGCAGCAAGUACUACACUAUUGGUGAUAUUAAGGUCAAUGAAGAGGAAAUAGACGCUUUUAAAGAAAAGCAAAUGGGACUCUUCAAGGCCAUUGAAGCCUACCUUUUGGCAAAUCCUGAUGCUUAAAUUAGUCUGUUCAAGUCAAAGAAAUAAGGGUUUUCUGGGCAAGAUUUUCGGGUCCCUGUAACUUCUGUAAGAUGAAUAAGUUAUUUAGUGUUGUAAUCACCAAACUCAGAAUUUUGUUUUGGAAAGUGUGGACAGUGAGAGUGAGCAAUGCUAUCACAUCUCUUGCUGUCAUCUCUUGCUGUCUGAUUGAAGUUUCUUAUAUCC